UUAGAAAAAAAAAAGAAUCAAUUAUUGAAUCUUGACUAGUACAUGCCCUGGUCCUCUAUCUCUCUUUCUCUGUGACUAGACUUUGAUUGGAUUUUGAUCUGCAAUUUCAGAGGAUAACACAUAUAUGCAUCAUCGUGGCAAUGGCCAGCUGAUCCCCUACUACUACCACCUGAACAUCUGAUCAUGACAGAUUCCAACAGAAGCAAUCAAGAUUCUACCCAGAUUAUGGAUGUAGAAGGAAUUGCAUCUUCCAUUCAAGGAAAGCUUGACCAAUAUCUACCACCACCAAUAUCUCAGUGUUCCAUAUUUAAAGUGCCAAAUAUGCUACGCAGGGAUAAUGAAAAGGCUUUCACGCCGGAGGUAGUUUCGAUCGGUCCAUUUCACUGCAACAAUAUGCAGCUGCGAGAAAUGGAAAAUAAUAAGCUACAGUAUUUGAAAUGCCUCCUCAAUCGAACUGGAACUACGGAAUUGAAGAGCUUGGUAGAAGCCAUCGAUAGGAUUGAGCAGGAUUGCCGUGACUGUUAUGCAGAAGUGGUUGAUCUUAGAAGAGACAAAUUCAUAGAGAUGAUGGUGAUUGAUGGUUGCUUUAUCCUUGAAUUCCUCUACAGAUAUCAGGAAAAACGGUGCGUGGAUGAUCCCGUGUUCAACACGUCAUGGAUGCCAAGGAAAAUAGUAGCAGACUUGCUUCUACUUGAGAAUCAACUUCCUUGGUGCGUGCUCGUCUGUUUGUUCAACCUCAUCACGACCAACGACUCAACAACAACUGAGUACCAGAACUCCCUACUUAAUGAUCUUGUUGCCAUUCCUUUUUCGACGGAGUACAGAAUAUUCUAUUACUCCCAGCACCGCAACAGGCUUGGAACACACAAGCAUUUACUCGAUUGCUUCCGAAACUCUUUAGUUGGAUCUCCGCCUAAAAAUCGGCCUGAUCAAUCUCCGCCUGCAAGCUCCGUACACCGAAAGUGGAUACCAAUUAAGUCCGUGACGGAGCUUUUGGACUCGGGAGUUGGUUUCUUUCCUGCUCCAGGCGGAGGAAACUUCCUCGAUGUAAAGUUCGAAGAAGGCCGCAAAAUGAAAAUGCCAGCAAUAGUUAUAGAGGAGAACACAGAAUCUUUGUUUAGAAACCUCAUCGCAUUUGAGCAUUGUGAUCCCAGUAAAGGCUAUGAAAUCACGUCUUAUGCUUCUCUUUUGAAUUGCCUGAUUAAGUCUCCUGCAGAUACACUUUAUCUCAAAACAAAGGAUAUUCUACAAAUUAUUCGUUCGAGCAAUAAGGACAGGGCAAGUUUCUUAAAGAGGCUGCUUUAUAAUAAUGAUACCAGUUUCCAUGGUUUUCUCUACUCAGACCUCUGCCAAGACGUGAACAAAAUUUGUUUCGACAGAAAGAGGGUAUGGUUAGCACGUCUUAAGCGCUAUUAUUUUAACGAACCAAAGGAGUUUGUUAAUUUCGUUUAUGGAGUCGUCCUUUCUUUGUAUCUUUCCCUUGUACAAACAGUUUUUGCUAUCCUCUCCUACGAGGCUUCUAAAUCAGCCAAGUAAAUUUAGUUGAUCUCAGUGUGUAUAGCCACUGCUUUCACAAAAUAAACCAGCCCUUGCUCUGUUUUUAAACCCAUUCAACUCAUCACACUGUUUGGGCCGGAGAUACCCUA